GGGUCCGCGUCGCGGCCCGUCAGGCAACGCGGUAGGCACCCUAGGGGCUGGCAGGACCCUGACCCCAAGAUGGCGGCGCCCAGUGAAGUGGAAGCACCUUCCUCCGGCGAAGGCGAUGGCGAGGGCAGCGGCUUUGGCUCGUGGCUAGACGGACGGUUGGAGGCGCUGGGAGUGGACCGAGCUGUUUAUGGUGCCUACAUUCUGGGUGUUCUGCAGGAGGAGGAGGAAGAAGAGAAGCUGGACGCUCUGCAGGGUAUUCUCUCUGCUUUCCUGGAAGAAGAUUCCCUCCUCAACAUCUGCAAGGAGAUUGUGGAACGAUGGUCAGAAACUCAGAAUGUUGUCACCAAAGUGAAAAGAGAAGACGAAGUACAGGCCAUUGCUACCCUCAUUGAGAAACAGGCCCAGAUUGUGGUGAAGCCCAGGAUGGUGUCAGAAGAGGAGAAGCAGAGAAAGGCUGCCCUCCUGGCGCAGUACGCCGAUGUGACAGAUGAAGAGGAUGAAGCAGAGGAGAAGGGUGACUCAGGUGCCACCACAAUGAACAUUGGUUCUGACAAACUUCUGUUCCGAAAUACCAAUGUGGAAGAUGUCCUCAAUGCCCGAAAACUGGAGCGGGACUUGCUUCGGGAUGAGUCCCAAAGGAAGAAGGAACAGGACAAGCUGCAGAGGGAGAGGGACAAACUAGCCAAGCAGGAGCGCAAGGAAAAGGAAAAGAAAAGGACACAAAGAGGGGAGCGAAAGCGAUAACCCUAAUCAACUCUACGCUUUCUCCUCGUGAACUGAUCAGAGGAAGAACCGGUUGUGCACGUGUGUAUUUAAGAGAAAUGAGAGAACAUUGCGAAUUGGUUUCCCCAGGGAUUUCCCCUUUUGUUUACGUGGUUGAAAGGAAAAUCACAAACACUUCUAAUUACAAAAUGUGCCAUGUCUCUGUUGUGUGGGUAAUCGGAUUGUUGUAGCUAAUACCUGUACCAAAGAUCUGGAACAGGGGCGACAUUUAUAUUUUAGUGCCCAAGUCCUGUGCUCCUUUUGGCUGCUUUCAAAAGUCUUCCCUCACCUUGGAUAAGCAGUUGGAAUAUUCUGAAGGAACAGACACAUGACCAACCACUCCUUCCCUGAGAUGAAAUUUGGGAGUGUAAAUUGCUUCAGGAAUACUAUUCACCCCUAAAUGUAUUGUUUUCGGACUCAAAUAGAAAGCUAAUGAGCCCUGCCCAGAUCCAGAUAUGUUGCAUGGCAACCAACUAGGAAAAAGAGAAGGAAUUAUCUGAUGGGUAUUCUGGAUUUGAGAACUGUUUUUUAAAAAGCAUUCAGCCUAUGGGAGGAAAGGAAGUAUCUUUUUAAAGUAGAGAUCGUUAACAUUUUUCCUGAUCUAGGUUGUGAUUUUAAGGAGGAUGUAUCAGUAUUGUGUGCAAGGAUAUCAUUGUUAGAUUCCUCUUGAUUGCUAGUAGAUUUUAAUCCUGGUUUGCCCUAAAACAUUAGAGUAUGAAGACCUGAUAAUUAUAGGUUUAGAGAAAGAAGAGGAAACACCUUUUAAGGACGAAACACUGGAAAUCUCUGCUAACACAAAGAUAUUUAAGAGUGUACAUAGUAGGUGCUCAACAAAUUGAGUGAAUGGGAAAUUUGCUUGGGAGAGUCCAAAGUGAGCAGGAACUCUCUAUUUCUACCUGUUACAAGCUACAUUCAAUUUUUAAAUAAGGCCUUUCUCUUCUUCAGGCAGCAGACUGUCAAGAAGCCCGAAGAGAGCAAUUUCUCUGACAAGACAAAGUAGCUCUUUUAUACCAGGGGUCAGCAAACUACUGCCUGCGAGACAAAUUUGGCCCCGCCCAUUUUUGUAUGGUACAAGUGAACAGUGGGUUUUACAUUUUUAAUGAGUUGUUAAAGAUCGUGACAGAGACCUUAUGUGGCUUGUAAAGCCUAAAAUAUUUAGUACCUGGCCCUCUGAAGAAAAAGUUUGCUGACCUCUGUUUUAUACCAUGAAGAUUAACAAAAGUUUUAACCUUUGUGCAGCAGGUAAAAAGCAGCAUGGUUAAGGAAAAAAUGUGUUACCUCUGUACACUCCUAUAACCGUGGCACUGGCAAAAUUUUAAACAAUAUAACUUUUUAAAAAAUAAACUUUAUUUAAAUCAG